AUGGCCCCUGCACCACAAUCCUGCACCACGCCCCUGAACCAUGACCCCUGCACCACGGCCCUGCCCCAUGCCCCUGCCCCAUGCCCCUGCACCAUGGUCCCUGCACCAUGGCCCCUGCACCACGCCCCUGCACCACACCCCUGCACCACACCCCUGCACCAUGGCCCCUGCACCACACCCCUGCACCAUGGCCCCUGCACCACACCCCCUGCACCACGCCCCUGCCCCAUGCCGCUGAACCACGGCCCCUGCACCACACCCCUGAACCACGCCCCUGAACCAUGGCCCCUACACCACGGCCCUGCCCCAUGCCCCUGCACCACACCCCUGCACCAUGGUCCCUGCACCACGCCCCUGCACCACACCCCUGCACCAUGGUCCCUGCACCACACCCCUGCACCAUGGUCCCUGCACCAUGGCCCCUGCACCACGCCCCUGCACCACGCCCCUGCACCAUGGCCCCUGCCCCAUGCCGCUGAACCACGGCCCCUGCACCACGCCCCUGCACCAUGGUCCCUGCACCACACCCCUGCACCAUGGCCCCUGCACCACGCCCCUGUGCCACACCCCUGCACCACACCCUGCACCACACCCCUGCACCAUGGUCCCUGCGCCACGCCCCUGCACCACACCCUGCACCACACCCCUGCACCACGGUCCCUGCACCAUGGCCCUGAACCACGCCCCUGCCCCAUGCUCCUGAACCACAGCCCCUGCACCACACCCAGUACCACGCCCCUGCACCACACCCCUGCACCACGCCCUGUACCACACCCCUGA